GGUCGUCGCGAGAAACAACUGGAACGGGGAUCGAUCGGGGAAGCGCGAUUUGGAAUGGGAAGCGAGAGUGAGAAUGGAAUUGCGAAUGGCAGCGAGGGUUUGAAAUUUGGUGCGACUCGGAGAAUAAGCGCGGUCGAGGUCGAGGUCGAGGCCGAGGCUGAGGGUCGAUCGAUCGAUCGAUCGACGGGAGAAUUCGGAUGCGGAGGAGGACGAGGCGAGACGUGUGGGAAAUGUGAGGACAGGGGCACGACGAGGAGGAGGAGGAGCAGAACCAGGCGGCAUAGAAUUCGAAGGAGAUGCUCGGUGUCAGUUACGAAUUGUUGGCGCGAUGGCGAGAACGGUCGAAACGGAGGAGGAAAUCUGGAUGGAGAGGGGAUAGACAUCAGGGCUGAAAUAUGUUCGGCAUUCUGCGCGAGUUUGCAGAUGCGUUGACGGAUCCCAUUCCCGAAGAUGAGGAGCACCAUGGAGGCCCCGAGGGGCAGUCUUCUUCUGCUCAGGAGACGGGCGACGCAGGCGGCAUGGAAGAUGACAUCGAGAGCCAGCGAGCUUCGAGCGGCAGCGCGGCGUCGACGAGUGCCAACCAUCCCCAAGGCAGCACCAGCAAGAAGGAUCAGCAGCAGCCGCAGCAGCAGAACGAGGCGCAGGCGCAGAGAGAGGAUGGCAAGGCGGUCGAGGUCGAGGUCGAGGACAUGGAGGCGCAAUCGGGGCUCGAGCUCGAGCCGCGAAGGAAUGGGCGCGUGGGAGACGCGGAGCAGAGCGCGCUUCGCACCGGCGACCCGUCGGAGGACGACGGGCCCAGGCCCGUUAAGAAGGAGCGCAGCAGUUGGGACUUCGAGGCCGACGAUUCCUUCAAGUUCGAGUCGGGCGGCCCGCUGCCCGAGCCGGAGAAGCCCCCGGACCCGCCGCCGGUCUUCGCCCCGCCGUUCGUGCGCAACCGGAAUGACUACCGGGCCAAGCUCAUGCACCUGAGCGAGCUGACGCUGACGCUGCCGCCCUCGCCAACGGGCCCCGAGCCGCCCGACGCGCCCGGGCUGCAGGCGCCCGGCGAUGGCGACCAGGGGCAGUCGCAGUCGCAGUCGCCGCAGGAGCUCGGCGCGGGCGACCAGGGGCCCCCGCUCACCUGCCGGCGCAAGCCGCCGCGCCCGACCUUCGCCCGACAGAAGACGAAAACGCGGCUGCAGGACCCGCCGCCCAUGACGCCCGCCGUGUCGGACCAGAUCGCCAGCAUCUGGUCCGACGCCGGCCGAAGCAGCCGGCGCGGCUCCCUGAUCCACCAGCCCGUGGAGGACGACGGGCAGGCUGCCCGGUUCGGCCCCGUGACCAGCCGCCGCGUGUCGUCGACCAUGAACAACUUCGACGGCGAGCCGAUGCUGACGUCGCGCGGCAGUCGCAAGUCCGUGACCAUGAGCGUGACGGAUGCCGCGGCCGUCGCGGCUGCCGCCGGGAGCCCCAGCCCUGCGCCGCCUGCCGCCGCGCCGUCGCGGCUGGGCAUGUUCUCGCCGUCCGUCAUGUUCUCGCCGUCGCGGCUCGGGCUGCUGUCCAAGUCCAAAGCCAACCUCGUGCAGCCGCCCCCCGAGGAGGAGGUCGAUCCCCUGGACGACGACUCGAUUCCGAAUUACAAGAAGCUCAAAUCCAAGGAGCGCCGGUGGCUUGUGUGGAUCCAAUGGAUCGGCCUCUUCAUUUUGAUUCUCGUCAUGAUUCUGGCCAUCAAGAUGAAUAAGCUGCAGCUGGUGGUGUGGAAAGAGAUCCAGCUCUGGCAGUGGCUUGCUCUUGCGACCGUCAUCAUUUCGGGCCGUCUCAUUGCUGGCUGGUUGGUCAUGAUACUGGUGGCCCUGAUAGAACGUCACUACAUUCUGAAGAAACGAGUCCUCUACUUCGUGUACGGGCUUAGGCAUGCUGUGAAGAACGUGGUCUGGUUGGCGCUCGUCAUUGGCGUGUGGAAGCUCGUGUUCAGACAUGUGGAAUCCAAAGGAAACAUUCCCAUCGUCACCAAAGUGUUAUGGUGCCUUUUCACAACAGCGUGUCUGUGGAUGGUGAAGAUUCUGGCCGUGAAAGUGGCAGCCAACAGCUUCCACCGCGCUGCGUAUUUUGACAGAGUUCAGGAUUGCCUGUUCCAUCAGUACGUGCUGGAAACUCUCUCCGCCCCUCGCAGCCAGGAAACGGAUUACAGCCACUGGGACGCAGUCGACUCGCAGGCCGGACGAUCGCACGAGCCGCAUUUGCCGUCGAAUUUGCCUCCGGUCCAGCAGGACCUGCAGCCAUCGUCUUCGUCCUCGUCCCGAUUGCCGACCAUGCACGAGCAGCAGCCCAACUAUGGUGCGGCUGUGGUGCCGGAAACGCAACGAGAAAGCGAACGCGCCAGCCAUCUGGCCUCUGGUCCGAGCAGAUCGAACCUGGCCUCCAGCCUUGCUUCGCCCAGUCGCAGCAACUUGGGCAUGGCUUCGCCCAGCCGCAGCAAUCUGAGGGCGCCAAGCAGGGCCACCAUGGGCGCAGGAGCCCCGUAUGCUCAACCUUCGCAGGUUCUGAGUCCCAGCGGCCGCCUCCGACGCGUCAGCGUUCUGAUGAACACUUCUGACGGAGGCACGAUCUUGGCCCGCAGCACUUCGCCCAUCCAGCAAGAAAAGCUGCAGGAACUGACCUCCGAGACUGUUUCAGCAUGGACAAUGAAGAAGCUGAUGAAGAUGAUCCGGAAAACAAAUAUUGCCACAUUUUCUUCGAUGUUAGAUCAAGAAGCUGGAGAAAAGAUUGAUAGCGAAGCUAUGGCCAAAGCCGCGGCUAAGCAGAUAUUCUACAACAUUGCCAGACCAGGAGAGAAGUUCCUGACUCUGACUGACUUCCUCUACUUUCUACCGGAGGAUCAAGCAACGAGAGCUUUUGGGCUCUUUGAAGUGAACGAUUUAGGACAUAUUACCAAAAAAGCUUUGAUGAAGUGGGUUGUGAAUAUAUACAAGGAGCGCCGAGCUCUGGCUCUCACCCUUAGCGACAACCGAACUGUUGUAGCUAAGCUGCAUCGAGUGUUGGACGUGUUGUUGCUUGCGGUGGCGAUCACGAUUUGCUUUCUCAUUAUGGGAGUUAACACGCAGAAGCUCAUCGUGGGCUUCUCCUCAGUUUUGCUUCCGUCGGUAUUUGUGUUUGGAAACGCGGCACGCAGCACAUUCGAAUCAUUGAUUUUCCUGUUUGUGAUGCAUCCCUUUGACGUGGGCGACCGCAUCUGUGUUGAUGGCAUGGCCAUGAUUGUUGAGGAAAUGAAUAUUCUGAACACCAUUUUGCUCAGUGGCUCGAACGAGAAAAUAUAUUACCCCAACUCCGUGUUGGCUACGAAGGCCAUUUCCAACUACUAUCGCAGUCCAGACCAGUGGGACUCGAUCGAGUUUCAAAUUCAUGCUACGACUCCAGUCGAGCAACUUGGACUGCUGAAAGAACGUAUGACCAAGUACAUCGAAAGUCUGCCCCAGUUCUGGUAUCCAGUUUUCCGCAUUGUGUGCAAGGACAUCGAGGACAGCACUCGCAUGAAGAUGGCUCUGUGGGUCCAACAUCAUUUGAAUUACCAGGAAUCUGGCGAAAGAUGGCAGAGGCGGAGUAAUAUGAUAUUACAUAUGAAGACACAGCUGCAAGAUCUGGGAAUCGGUUUCCAUCUUCCGAGGCAGGAGAUUACUGUGACUGGGGUCCCUGUUCUCGAUGUCCCGCCGCACCGUUCCAUUCCCACGCCCAUGUAAUACAAUUUUGACGACUAGCGACAUCAUAGGACGUUCGUUUAUCUGUACAGUAUCAAUUGAGAUAUAAAUGGCACACGUUCGGACUUCUGUCCGUUUUCAACUUGAAUUCGGCCUCUUCGUCGUCUCCAAUUCCAACUUUUCUCUAGACGGCGAAUAUACAUACGCCCAAGUCUUCGCCUGGACACAUCACAGGUAAACCUGAUUGUCUGACAGAUUCAGACCCCUGUUGCCUAAGCGCAUGUUGACGAGGUUUGAACAAAGGUUCGAUCUGAAAUUUUGCCCUCGGGUAAGCACUGACUCGUGCUGUGUGUCUGGGAAUCUCUCCUGCGAGAUUGCCAUGAUUGUUGUUAGCGUCACUGAUGCUCUGCCUGCCCGUGAAACUUUACCCUUUUCCUUACUUGCUCGGCUCUCUGCAUCGCAAACAAGCCUAGCAGUAUAAUUCAGUAUAAUAUAUGUUAGCUUCCUGAAUUACACCUGCACAGGAGCUGGGCUUUACAGUUUACAAGAAUUCAAGCAAUCGAAAAUAUAUCUAACGGACUGUAGAGACAAUCAAUGUUCUCGGGUCCACAUAGAACUUGUGCUAUGUCCGC